CGCGGCUCUCGCUCGUAUGCAUCGUUCAUUUUCGACGGGUAGGUUUUCGCAGACGGACGGAGCAAAGAUUUGUGCAUCGAAAAUUGCAAUUUUCACAUUUGGAGCCGUGUGUGCAGCAUCACAGACAUUGGAAAAGCGCUUGUCGCACUUGUGCAAAAACACAGCUUGAUCAAGCAAACGCGGCUGGAAGGCGAUUGGCCGCAAAUUCGCCCUGGAACUGGAACGCAAUUGCGUGUGAAAAAAGUCGGAAAAAAAAAGUAAAAGAAGAGCAGAGACUGAAACCGUCGAGAAAUCGUUGUCGUCGCGCUCGCUAUAAUUGUUUGCUUUUGACGGAGAAAUUCGUGUGCCUGUUGGCAGAAAUAUUUAAUAAUAGUUUGUAUUUUCGGCGUGAGUGCGCAGUGAAGUAUCGAAGUAGUUCAAGAUGAGCGGGGGAUUGCCGGAGUUGGGCUCCAAAAUCAGCCUCAUUUCCAAAGCAGACAUUCGAUACGAGGGCCGCCUGUACACGGUGGAUCCGCAGGAGUGCACCAUUGCGCUCUCGAGUGUGCGAUCCUUCGGUACAGAAGAUCGGGACACCCAGUUCCAGAUAGCGCCGCAGUCGCAGAUCUACGACUACAUCCUCUUCCGUGGCUCGGACAUCAAGGACAUUCGCGUUGUCAACAACCACACGCUGCCGCACCACAAUGACCCGGCGAUCAUGCAGGCGCAGCUCCAGAACGGACCGCCCCAGAUGCCGCAGCAUUUCCCCAUGCCCAGCGGGAUGAGCGCUCCGCCGCAGCAGCAACAGGUGCCGUCGCAGCAACCGCCCCAGAUGCCAAGCGGUGGUGGCAGUGGUGGUGCUGGCGGAGCAGGCGCUCCUGGCGGCGGCGGACCCGGCUACGGUAAUGGCAAUCCGUUCGGCAACCUUGGCGGACCCAAUCUGGCCAACAUGGUGGGCAAUGCGGGCGGAUCGCUUGCACCCGGUUCCGGUGCUCCGGGCAGCGGACCCUUCAUGCACAUCGGUGGCAAUCAGCAACAGCCGAAGCCCCAGCAGCAGAAACAGCCAAUUUCCGUUCUAGACAUGCUGGCCGGUGCCUCGCGAUCGACGACACCCAUUAGCCUGAUUGUGAGUCCCACGGCGGAGCUGACCCAACAGCAGCAGCUGCACCAGCAACAGAACGCUGGCCAGGGUGGCAACGGACGCGAUGCAGGACAUAAGCGCCAGAACCACCAGCAGCAACAGAAUCAGCAGCAGCAGCAACGUGGCGGUUCCAGCCACAACAACAUGCAACAGCAGCAGCAGCAACGAGGCGGCGGCAGUGGAACGGACUUCUAUAACCAGCAGCGGGAUCGUCGGGACUCCGGCCGUCAAAUGGACAACAACUACAGCAACAACUACAACAACAAUAAUAAUCAGCGCAAUCGCGGCGGCGGCAAUGGAAUGCAACAGCAGCAGCGAGGAGGAAACGGCGGCGGUGGAGGCGGCGGAAACGGAGGUGGAAACAACCCGGCCUGGAACAUGCAUCGCGGCAACCAGAACUCGAACAACAUGAUGAACAUGCGCAACCGCGGCAUGGGUUCACGCGGCCCCAUGCGACCCAAUCAGGGCUAUCGUCCGCAGUCGGCCAAUAAUCAGAACAAGCCGCGCAACAAGAUCAAGUUCGAGGGUGACUUCGAUUUCGAGCAGGCUAACAACAAGUUCGAGGAACUGCGCUCCCAGCUGGCCAAGCUCAAGGUGGCCGAGGAUGGUGCACCCAAGCCAGCCACCAAUGCAACGGCCGCCAAUACAACUGCAACCAAUGAGCAGGUGGGUGAGAAGGUUGAAGGCGUGCACACACUGAAUGGCGAGACCGACAAGAAGGAUGAUUCUGGCAAUGAGACCGGCGCUGGAGAGCACGAGCCCGAGGAGGAUGAUGUUGCUGUGUGCUACGACAAGACCAAAUCGUUCUUCGACAACAUCUCGUGCGAGGCUGCCCAGGAUCGCAGCAAGAACAAGAAGAACGAUUGGCGCCAGGAGCGCAAGUUGAACACUGAGACCUUCGGAGUGUCCUCCACACGACGUGGCAGCAGUUACCGCGGACGCAACCAUUUCUACAACAAUAAUGGCAACGUGGGCGGAGGGGGCAUCGGCGGCAUGAACUCGGGAUACGGAGGAGCGCCCGGCUACAACAGGAACAACUAUCGCAUGGGCGGCGGCGGUGGCAACUUCCGGAACAGGAGCAACAACCGCAACAACGGCGGCGGUCGUGGCGGAAACGGAAUGCCAAACAUCACCAACGGCAACACCGCUGCUGCGCUGAAGGCGGCCAACAAUGCUGCUGGCAACGGAUCCAAUGCCACGGACUCCAGUGCACCCAAUGCCACAACCGCGACGACAAAGUCGACGUCCCUCUUGCCAGAGCAGACGCAACAGGUGGCGGCAGUUUCACAAUAGUGCCGUCCGGCCAGUGGAAAGCCACUUUAAAUAUACACCAACCACAACCAACAAACCACAAAUUGAUAGAUGCGAAUUGAGAAGAGCGUUAAGUAAAUAUCCUAUUCAUUGCAAAGCUAAUUAUUCGAAGCAAACCAAUCAAGUGACCCGAACGAUCGACGACACACAGGCUCUUAUUAUCAGGAAUUUCGAGUUAUGGAUCCAGCGGCAUAAUAUAUUUGUAUAAUUAAAUUAGUGUUACAAUUCUCACGACGUCCUGGGGCGCACUCCGCUGCUGCCCGCCCACCACCAACGUGUGCUUGGCGAUGAUAAGCGCUCUACGAUUCGAUUAAUGAUUACUGAUUAGCGACUAGCGCGAAUGUGAAUGUGAAUGUGAACCGAACCGAACCGGCCAUGUGUUAGGCUUUGUGUAAAUGGCUGGUUCCAACGCCUUGCGCUGAGCAGAAAGCAGGGCAUUGAUAAGGAGGAGCAGAUAAUGGCACGCCAGCAUACAUACAUAUAUAUAUUUAGUAAGAACAUAGUUAAGCAUAAGUAUGAAAAGCUACAAAAAACAAAACAGAACACAACAAGAGCAACCAUUUAGCAAGGAGAGGAGCAAGGAGAUUUGGCGGAGGAGCCGAUAACAACAAUAAUGAAAUUAAUGGAGUAAACCAAUUAAAUCCAUGGAAUUCCCAAAUCUAAAAUAAAAGCUAACUUAAUACGUUUUUAUUUGAAUGAAAGAGUAACGAAUCGAUUGUAAUAUUGUAUUUCUUGUGGGCGUAAAACAUCGACAAACGCUCGACCCGUUUUACUAGCAUUUAAAACUAUUAUUUAAGAGCAUUUUAAACAUGAAAAAAGAAAAUAAAAUCGGCAGCUACGCGCUUCUAUCAAAAGCACAAUUGUAAAAAGUCAAUCCCAGCUCAGCUGCAAUGAAUGAAUGAAGUCUCCGAAUGAAAAUGUUAAACGAAAAACCCCAACAACAAAAAAGAAAACAUAACCAAUCAUUAGCAAAUUUGUCCAAAAAAGAAAAGCCCAAAAAUUCGGUUUUCGUACAGUUUAUUUUCUCUGAUCUCGGUUGGGCAAGGGAAAUAAAUUAUACUUACGAUUCGAUUCGAUUUGAAAAGAUACGAUACUGUGGUGAUGAUGUUCUCAAUGUAAAUGUUUAAGAUUGAUUGUGUGAUUCACUGGCUGCUGCGCUUGAAAUCGAGGCCUUGAAAGCGAGUGAAGUACGCGUAUCUCCAGCUGAAGUCCUUUAGAUAUUUGUUUGUUAUCCUUGUAUCCAGAUAUAUAUAUAUUUGUAUUCAGCACAAGCCCAGUCCAGUUUGGUCAGUUAACACGCUUGGCAGAGCGGAGAGGGAUGAGGAUGGGGAUGGCGGAGUGACCACACACAUUUCAAUAUUAUGUAAUCAUAAAUUAUGUAUCUAAUUGUAUGUAAUAUGUAUAUCUCCAUAUAUGCUCACUCUGAUUAGCUCCACAUAUGUAUGUUUGUAUAUAAAUACGCAAUUAUCGAGUUGAACACUGAAAAGAAAGCAUGUUUCGCAAGUAAUGGCUAAAAUGUAAAGACUACCACGUAUGGAAAUUAAAAACUAAAUAUACCAUGUAAUAAAGGAUAAUUGAAUUCAAGCAGUAA